AUGGAGGUUUCAGGAUUCAAUUCUAAUCAAUUAUUAACUCCAUCAAAUCUAAGAGCUAAGAUAUCCACAAUUUUCAACUCCACUAAUUGUCCAGAAUUGGAGCAAGAUUUUAGAAAAACUUGCGUAUUGUUCGAGAGUCAAAAUUAUGCCUCUAAUUCACAACUAAGUCAAGCUUAUCAAGAUUAUAUCAAUGCGUACCAUAAAGUGACCUCUCUUUAUAUUAUUAAUAAAAAUGAUAAAAGCAGUCUUAAUUUGAUUGUUUAUGAUACUGAAAAUGAUACAGAAGAAGUGAAAGAGUUAGAGACUCCUCAAACAUAUAGUAUUGGAAUUUGCAUUGCUCAACUUCCAAAUUGUGAGCUAUUUUGCUUUGGUAAAGGUCUAGGCAAUGGGAAUACCUUUAUAAUUGAUAAGAAUUUUGGAGUUCGUAUGCUGCCAUCUGGAGAAAAUAUUAAUUAA